AAACAAGAUUUUGCCGGUGUUUGAAAUCAAGUUUUUGACUUGCUUUUUUUUGCGUCUCGCAUGUCAAAAAAGCUCAUGCUGACAAGAGAACAAACCAACAUGCAACUCCAUUUGAAUGGGCAAAGGUCGUUUCCGGAAGGGCUCGCACUACGCAAUCCUUUACACCGACCUUUGGGGAGCAAGUUAAGCCACCAGCUCUCAAUUCUGAACAAGACGAUUCGGUCAUGUCAGAACACCAGGCUCCAGCGAUACAACUCGUAAGACCUUUCUUGAAGGGAAUAGAGAAAAACAGCGUGUUGAUUGAUAUCACAGACGUUAAGUCUCCCGUACUGUUGCGUCAAGCUCUCCAGGACUUUAACAAGGAAGCCCUAGCUGAUAAAGGAUACGAAGAAUAUUGUGGAAGGUUGCCAACAAUUCGAAAGUAUCUUAAUCGAUCCUUCAUUGAGACAAUCUGGUCCCAGGGUAGUAAAGGGCAAGAUACUAUUCUCAAUCAAGGGAUAUCACUUCCAGAUGGAACCUACAUUAAAGGUUUUAAAAGUUACCCAGCCGAUUCUCGUAUUACGAGAAUCACUUUGGACAAACUUCCUCUUAAACCAUUAAUUCUCCUUAAAAAAGAUAUGGAGGAGCAUCUGUCUGCAUACGGACAAGUGUUGGAUUUAGGGGUCAGCAUGUCAAAUGGAUGCUUCAUGGGACAAGGAUACGCAACCCUUGAUAUUUCAGUCAGUUCAGCCGACCAAGAGUCAAACAUUCCCUUGCAGAGAAUAAUGAAUUGGGUAGAUGAUGAUGGUGACGACCGUCAAGUCUUACUCCAAUGGGAGGACAUGCCCGACUUCUGUCGAUUAUGUCAACUUACAGGACAUUGUCGAGCAGACUGCCCUGAUUAUAAGAAAUUUUUGAAAUGUCACAAUUGCAACUGCUCAGGACACGUAAUGCGAAACUGUCCACGAAACAAUGACACGUCCGUAGAUAUUAUGCAUAACAAAAAGCGAUCCAACAAACAAAGAAACGCUUAUACAAAAAAUAUUAUCCAAGAACGUUACACGAACCCAAAUACUACUCAUGCAGAAAGUAGUGAGGAUAUGGAAGUAGACAACCCGACAGAAUCGACCAAAGUUACGACGUUGAAUACAGCAACAGGGGAAAACAUAGUUGGUUUGAAGGGAAAGGGAAAUGCAGAGGAACGAAGUCUAGUCACAGAAGAUGCAACUGGAGCCUCCACCCUCACCAUUAACACGACCAAAUCAAAUUUGUUAAGAUCACCACUCCCAGAUAGACAACAAGAAGAGGCAGCCAAAAUCAGUAAGUUUGCGGUUAAUGCAGAUAUCAGCACUAGACGCAAACCUACACCAAGUUCAUCAGCCAAUUUUCCUAACUCAGAUAAUCCUAAAGGAUUGAACGAACCUGCUACUCUCCAUCAAGGGGGAGACAAGCAGUAA